GGGAGGAGGUGCGUUAGUGCCAUGAUAGAGAGGAGGUUGGACAGUAUCCUCCUUUCUGCAACAGCAGCUCAGGGGUCUAGGAUCUCCCGUCUGUUGCUCCCAUUGUUGUCCAAGCAUACCACAGCGUAGAAGAGAACGCUCAGACUCAUGGAACAACCCGCUCUGCCCAUCUCACACACACACUUGCACACUCUUGCACACACAAAAGCACUCACACAUAUUUAUUCCAUAUAUUUAUAUAAUUGAAUGCCUCCCCAUCUUUGUGAACAUCUGAAAGCCCAGCUCUUCAGGGAACAUUUCACAAGCUGACGUAUGCAAUUUUUCGGAUAAGUCAUCCAACUUUAUCGAGCUGUACCAUUGUGAACUAACUCUAGAAAAAAUAAUAUUGGAAUAAGAAAGCAUCUGAUAUCUGAUAUAUAUUUUGUAACUUUUUUCAAAACCACUGAUACAAAAAAAUAAAAUAACAAUCCAGCCUUUUAUAGUAGUAGUAGUAGUAUUAAAGUUAUCAGUGUUACUGUAAAUGUGUGUGGGUGUGUGUUUAAAUAUAUAUGUGAAAAUAGGCAGGGUAUACAGAAUGAAUGAAAGAGAGCACCAUGUUCAGCCAAGUUCUCUGCAAUCUGUUUUUUCCUGUUCAGAGGUUAUGAAAAGCCCGCCUCUCAAUCACAUGAAUUAAACAGACUUCAAUGUGUAGUCGUGAGAGCACAAUGGCAAAAAGGGCUAUUUUAAUGCUUUUGCCUACAUUAUUAGGUAUUGCUUUAACUCAGGAGAACUUCUAUGGAGAAAGUUUAAGUUUUAGGUCUUUGCAAAAGACGAAGGAUGGAACUGUUCAGGUGAGCUUCUAUCGAGAGAAUGGCAGAGGUAGCUGCAAAGACCAACUCUCCUAUCGCUGUGAGAUUGGGUAUUGUAAUAACACAGAGGACUCCAAGCCUGUGCUUACAGACAGCAGCAGCUCUGCUCAUGAACAGUGGUGCCAGUCGGAGGGACAGGCCAGAGUAGCCCCCCUCAACAACCAUUCCCUUGUCUUAAAAGACACAGGUUGCUGCUGGCCCCCUAAUGUUCAUGGUAAAACAAAAUGGAUGGCUGGGGGAAAGUUGGACCUGGGAUAUCGAUCAGACACACACACCUACAACAAAAUUCCUGUCACUGCAACAGUGCCAUAUUUACGGGUUCCUCAGAACUGUUUCACAAAGCUUCGACUUCUGGCCUAUGAUCCGGAUGGGGACCAUGUGCGAUGCCUUUUUGCAUCAACAAGUGUUGAUUCAAAGGUUACUCUGGAUGAGAAUGAGUGCACAAUCAAAGCUACAGGCCUGCUAGAUGUUGGGCUCCAUGUGUUUGAGCUGGUGCUUGAGGACCACCCCAAAAGAGAUGUCAAUCUGACUUAUGACGAUGGAUCCUCCUCUGAAAAAAAAGCGUUCAACAUUCACCCUGGUAUCCACUCAACCCCUUUCAGCCAAAUAUAUCUACAAUUUACGCUACAGAUCCUAUAUCCGGCACACAACUGCAUAGCCGGUCACGUGGUUCCCCAGUACCUGCUGCCGACAGCAUCCCACGGCGACGUUCGCCAGGCUUCUGUUGGGGAAAGAUUCCAGCUUCAUAUCCACGCCCAGGCCAGCGAGACCAAGAUUAUGGACUUUCAGAUCAGUGGCCCUCAGAACAUGGCCAAGAGUAUGACCACUGUUACUUUAGGGAAUGCGUCAGUCAUUCUGAACUGGACACCAGCUCUCAAUGACCUCUACCGGCUUGUACCAGUUUGCUUCACUGCUGAGACAUAUGAAAGCCAAUCAGAAAUGAGGUGUGUUAUUGUAAUGGUUACCAGAUCAUCCACCUCUGAAGGUAUGCAGAAUACUUCUGUAUGCUUGCAACACUAGUGAUUCUAGCAGCUCACUAUCAAGUUCCGAAAUGUUCUAUCCCUUUCAUUAAAUUGAAACAAAGAUAAAUCAAAUAAUUCAAGACUGCAGAAGUUGCCAUGGCCAUAAUAAGUGCAAAAGACUAAUGAUUUGUUUUGUAUGAGGCUUGUUGUGGUUGAAAGGCAGUGUGCUUGAAUUGUGCUCAUGCAGGUAAAGCUGUAGUGAAAUGCUCAGCAACACAGAUGACUGUUUCCCUGGAAAAAAUGUCCAUGGAUGGCAUCGACAAGA